CAAUGAAUAUAUAAAAAGUGACAAGCUGUGUGUAAACCUAUUAAGUAUUUCUAUAUUAUAUGUGACAUUUAAACAUGGAGGCAUUUGAUGAAUGAAUUGCCAAUAUGCAUCUCAUAAAACGUACCAGUCUACUGGUUAAAAUACAUUGCAGAUGUGAUAAACUCAGGUGUGUGACUCGAUAUUCUACAGCCACAGCAACCUCACAAUCAACUUUACAGGAUGAAGAUAUCAAACCAUUCCAUCAAAUGCCUGGACCAAAAGGGCUGUAUACUGUCCCUUAUCUAGGAUCAGCCUUACAGUUUAAACCGUUUACCCCGUACACCAUAGAUGACAUCAUUACUGUAAUUGAAAAUAAUAAGAACAAAUAUGGCGACAUUAUGCGACUGCGCCUGGGGAAAGAUUUUGUGGUGUAUAUAUCACAUCCUGAUUUGGCAAAAGUAGUAUUCCAGUAUCCAUACCAAGAGCAUGUCCGAGUUGGUCUUGGUAUAUUGGAGAUUUACCACAAAAGAACUGGAGUUAAAAAAGGACUGAGUUUAUUACAAGGAGAAGAAUGGUUAGCGUUACGACGACCAGCACAAGAAAAGAUGCUGAAGCCCUCAGUGGUUGCUGAUUAUGUUCCUAUGAUUGGUAACGUUACAAAUGACUUUGUAAAACGUCUCAGACAACAAAAGACUGUGCCAGAUUUACUGGAGGAACUCAUGAAAUACACCACGGAAAGCGUAGGGAUGUUGUGCUUUAAUAAAAGAUUGGGAUGUUUCGAAAGCUCUUCGAAUACUAGGUUGAUUAAAGCUCUAGAAGACAUGUUUACAACAAUGCAGCAAGCAUUUCUACUUCCAUUUCCAACUUAUAAUUUCUACAGGACUAAACUGUACAAAACAUUUGAAAGGAGUCUACAGGUUUUAGAUGAGGUAGCACAUAAAGAAAUUAAUGAUCAAGUUAUGGUUCUAAAGAAACUGGAAGAAGAUGGUAAAUUAGAUGAUUAUCUUUCAAAGGAUCCGAAUUUCAUGCAUUCAUUACUGUCUGAUCCAAGAAUGGCAAAAGAGGACGUGGUUGGCCUAGUUACGUCAUUGUUUGGAGGCGGAAUUGAUUCGACUGCAAACGGUAUGGCAUUCGUUCUAACUGAUUUAGCAUUGAACCAAGACAAACAAGAACUACUUAACAAAGAAAUCCAAGAAGUGUUAGGUGACCAGCAGACUGUGACGAAAGAACAUUUAUCAAAAAUGUCUUACUUAAAAGCUUGUGUCAAAGAAUCGCAAAGGAAAAUAUUUCCAGUGUUAUUUGGAGCUGCUAGAAUUACAGAAAAUGAUAUGAUUGUUGGUGGAUACCAAAUUCCUAAAAACAUGCUAGUCAUUUUGAAUAAUAAUUGUAUGUGCAAUGACGAACGAUUUUAUCCAAAUCCAAAAGAAUAUAUUCCUGAAAGAUGGAUGCGUAAAUAUAAAGAUGAAGCGAUUGCAAAAGGACAAGAUUAUCCAUUCGGAUUUAAACCAUUUGGGUUUGGUCCACGAGGUUGUGUUGGUCAAAGGUUUGCUGAAAAUGAAAUUUACAUAGGAGUCGCUAAGAUAAUACAGAAUUUUAAAAUUUCUAUGCCUCCAGGAGUUGAAGAAGUGAAACAUGUCAACAGAAUAUUUACAUCACCAUUGGAAAAAGUUACUGUACAUUUUACAGACAGGAAACAGAUUCCCUCAACAUGACCUUGAACUCGUAUAUACACAAUUACAUAUUAAUACGGAUGCUCCAAUGAACCUUUACCUCUGAACUAAUGUUUUUGCAAACACAAUCGAUGUUAUGCAAGAAUGCUUUUUUUUGUUGCAGUUGGACUAAAUAUGCAAUAUUUAAAUAUGUUUCAUUGUAGACAAUCGUCAUGUGCAAUUUUGCAUAGUACGAAUUUACAAUCAUUAUUUAUGUCUCACUAUACUUUUAAUUAUGUUAUGACCUUAUAAACCAGACAUUUAA